GCGAAACGGUCAGUGAGCACAAAGCGUUUCGCUAUUCUCGCAUUAAGUAAGUCUUCCUGUACCACGAUAAUAAACAAAAUUUCAAUCGAAAAUCAAAAUUCGUUUGGAUCGACUGGAAGAUCUAGAGAAAUGGCGUGUUUUCGACACGUCUUCUUGAUAGGGAUUCUCUCAAUUUAUGCAAAUGCUAGGCCCUAUGAAACUGAUGCGGAUAGACGAUGGACUGUUCACGAAAAACCACCGGAGUUAGUCGUAAAUGCAGGACCAGAUGGAGUUAAAGUUCAAGCUAAGCCUUCAAAGUUACAAGUUAUAGAAUAUCCUCAGAAACGAGAUUUUGGAACUGGAGGAUUUGGCCAUGGUUUUGGUGGUGGAUGGGGUGGUGAAGGCCAUGGAUUUGGUGGCCAUGGAUUAGGCGGCCAAGGAUUUGGAGGAUUCGAAGGCGGAUUCGGAGGACAUGGCGAAGGAUUUGGCCAUGGUUUCGGAGGCUUUGGAGGACACGGGGGUGAAGGGUUCGGAGGUGGUUUUGGCGGACAUGGAUUCGGAGGUUUUGGCGGACAUGGUGGUUUUGGAGGAGAUCAUACCACCUACGUUCCAUCUCACACACCACCUCUUCAUGUCGGACCAAAUGCCCCACCAGUUCAUGUUGGACCUCAUGUCCCUGCUGUGCAUGUUGGCCCUCAUGUGCCCAGCAUUCACUAUGGCACACAUGCUCCUCUAUACCACGUUGGACCACAUGUUCCAUUUGUGCAUAUGCCUCCACCCAUUCCAACUGUCCAUGCUGGUCCAAUGGGACCUGCAGUCCAUGUUUCUUCCCCUCCAACUGUUUACCAUCAGCCUCCUGUUGUACAUCACGAAUCUCACAUCGUAGGUGGAGAAUGUUGUGAUGGAGAUGAUUGGGGACAUCAUGGUGGUGGUCAUGGGGGAUGGGGCCACAGUGGAUUUGGAGGUCACGGUUUCGGUGGUCAUGGAUUUGGUCAUGGUGGUUGGGGUGGUCAUGGAGAUGGCGGAUGGGGUGGUCAUGGUGGUGGUGGUGGUGGUGGUGGUGGAUGGGGAGGACAUGGUGGAGGAUGGGGUGGACAUGGUGGAGGAUGGGGUGGAGAUCAUGGUUAUGGUGGUGGAUGGGGAGACCACGGACGAUCAGCUAUCCCAGGAAAACCAACCCAGCAAAUCAAAGGAAAGGUUAAGAGACAUGCUCAAUUUGAUGGCGACCACGGUGAUCUUGGACAUAUGGACGGUGGACACUUCGAUCUCGGACACUUGGAUGGUGGACGUUUGGAAGGAGGACAUUUGGAAGGAGGACAUUUGGAUGGAGGACACUUUGAUGGAGGACACUUUGAUGGUGGACAUGCUGACGGUGGCCACUUCGAUACCCAUUACCAAGGUUGGCAUCCAUUCCCUGCUAGUGUACACGUUGGACCACACACUCCACCAAUUCAUAUUGGGCCUCAUUAUCCUCCAGUUCAUAUUGGACCUCAUGUUCCAGCAGUUCAUAUCGGCCCACAUGUACCAUACAUAAACAUCCCUGCCCACGUACCAGCCAUUCACGUUAGACCACAUGUUCCAGCUGUUCAUAUUAGCCCACCAGUACCAAUCAUCAAUGCAGGCAAUCAUGUUCCAGCUGUACAUGUUACCUCACCACCAACAGUGUACCACAGACCACCUAUUGUCAUCCAUCAGCCUCAUAUCGUACACCCAGACGCAACCCACUCUACAGUCCAUCAUUUUGACUUCCGUGGCGAAGAAUCUGGUCACGGAUAUGGUGGCCACGGUUUUGAUGGUGGUCAUGGUUAUAUUGAAGCGGGUCAUGGAUUCGAAGGUGGUCAUGGUUUUGAAGGAGGACACAUUUACCAAGGUGGACAGAGUUUUGAGGGUGGGCAUGGAUUCGAAGGUGGACAUGGUUUUGAAGGUGGUCAUGGAUUUGAAGGGGGACAUGGAUUCGAUGGUGGCCAAGGAUUCGGUGGUGGCCAAGGAUUCGGAGGUGGCCAAGGAUUCGGAGGUGGACAUGGAUUUGAAGGUGGACAUGGCUUUGGUGGCUUUGGCGGAGCUGGUGGUUUUGUUGGCAAAAGGGACAACAUACAACAGAAUGCUGAAAACACUAGAAAACAGAAACGUGAGGUGAGUGAUGAACCAAAUCCUAGAGAGAUUCUCAGGAGAUCAAUUAAAUCCCGUUUAAACAGACGACAGCUUCUUGGAUCUACCAAUGCUGAUGGCAGCGACAGUGUGAUUUUUGUUCAUCCAGGUUCCAGUUCAUCUCAAGUGUCUUCUUCUGAACUGUCAGCCCUUAAUAAUGGCCUAGGCAACACAAUGCCAAAUGCAGCAGCUAGCCCACCCACGGCCGCCACUGCGGAGAACCCGUUGAGUGCAUCUGCUUUUGCGAAGUCUGGUUUGUCAGGCUUGUCCAGCCAACUCAACUCUCUGCCAGCCUCCAUAGCAAAUCAAAUUAGCAAUUCUCUGGGAGCGCCAGUUGGGGGGUCGUUAGGUGGUUCCCUAGGCGGGUCUUCAGGGAACUCUGCGAGCAGUGCUAUAAGUGCGGCCCUUAGCGGUUCCAAUCUGGGUAAUGCCUUCUCUGAUUCCAAUCAAGUCCCUCAAGAAACUCAAGGAUCAAUGAAUAACAUGGGUGGCUCAUCUUCAAGUGAAGAGAGUAGCUUUUCUUCCGAUAGUCCCAGUAUGAAUAUUGGCGGCUUCCAGGGUGGCUUCGGCAGUGAAGAAAAUAACAUGCAGGGUGCCGAAAUGGGAGGAAAAUCAGAGGAAGGUGAAAAUUAUCAAAGAUCGCGUAUCCCUAGGCCUGAGGAGCAAGCCGAGGAAGAGGAAAGUAACGAAGACGACGACGAAAACGAGGAUGAAAUCGUCGAGAAGUCGGUCAUUCCUCAUCCUGAUGACGAGGACGACGACGACGACAACGACGACGAUAGUGAUGACGCAGAAGAUGAUAAAUAAAGCGACGAAAUAAAACAGUUGAAACUACCUAAACUGCUGAAGCAGAGCGUUCCUUAUUGAAAAAGUCGCAAAAUUGAUUCAAAAUUGCUGACAUGAAGAUAUGACGAGUGCAAACUGAAGUGCAAGAUCAAGAACGAUAGCCGUUUGUUUAUACAAAUAGAAAAAACUUUAAUCAUAAUAAAAUCACGUUGUGAUGUCACAGAACUUUCAUUUGUAAUGUCUAUAGUGGCAGAAUCUUUAUUUUUUAUGUAUAGUUUAAGUGACAAUGCGAAAGUUUUCGAAACAUUUCGCCUCCAAAUCUUUAUUCGUAACUAUAGUGGUAACAAAACAUCCCCCCUCCAAAAGAGAACUUAGCAACAAAAAAGCAUUUAACUAUCGUGGAAAUAUUGGAAUAACAAGCUAGAUGUUAGUCGAUAAACAAAUGCAUGAUUGCCUUUCAAUCUCACUUUUGCAGAGUCUUUCCUUAUUGAGUAUAAUAGACCAUAAAAUAUAGAAAUAUCUCUGCUAAGAUUUACGUUAUAAACAUUUCUAUGUUAAAAAUGCAUAGAUUGUGUAAAUAGCAACUUAACUCUUUUAGGCCAUCAAACGUUUCAUAUCUUUUGUCACUGCUUGUUUACCUAAAGAAAUGUUCGUAAAGCAUGA